UUCGAGGCAAAGCAGGGCGGCCCGCUUCACAUUCUAAUAGGCGUGAACAGAAAACACUGCACGCAUAUAACAUUAUCAGACACACAGCACACAACCACUCUCAAUAUACAAAAUCUGCUCAUAACGAAACGCAGACACAUUAGAGAAAACAUAAGGAGCAAGCUAGAUUUUGAUUAUACAGGCAGAACCACUUCUCCUCCUUCACUUUUCUUAUUUCCCCUUUCGGUUAGGGUUUUCGAAUUUCCAUGGCAGAAGUCAUCAACAUGCCCUCCGAUUCCGUCGACAAAUCCCCUUCCUCCUCUGCUCCACCUCCGCCUCCUCCACCUCCUCCUGCUCCUCCCUCUUCCUCCGCUUCCGCCUCUGCCUCCGUUUCCGCGCCCGCCAAUGACGAUCUACCACCUCCACCUCCCCCGCCGCCGCAUUCCUCCACCCGGAGGAGGGACAGGGACAGGAGGGAUGAUAGGGAUUUUGAUCGCCACUCUCAUCGUCGUGGUGGCGCUGGCGGUGCCGGCGACUACUACGACCGGAACAUGUCUCCCCCGCCGCCCCCUCCCAGGGACAGGGAUAGAGACAGGGACUUCAAGCGCCGUCGCAGCCCCAGCCCUCCCCACCGCGACCGCCGCUAUUCUCCCGCCUCGCGUCGCUCCCCUCCGCCGUAUAAGCGAUCCAGGAGGGGUAGUCCUCGUGGUGGUUAUGGUCCCGAUGACAGGUUUGGGUAUGAUUAUUAUGGCGGCUACGAAAGGGGCGUGGGUGGAAGAUCUGGUUAUGCUGAUGAUAAGUCUUAUGGCAGGUUUGGACACCGUCCUGCUGGGGGAUAUCAAAAUGGGAGUUCUGAUAUGGAAACCAAUCGUAGUUAUGCAGACAUGCCAAGUGGUGGUGCACAAAGAGAAGGGUUGAUGUCCUAUAAGCAAUUCAUCCAGGAGCUUGAGGAUGAUAUACUGCCAGCCGAAGCAGAGCGUAGAUAUCAAGAGUACAGAUCAGAAUACAUUUCUACCCAAAAGCGAGCUUAUUUCAAUGCACAUAAGGAUGAGGACUGGUUGAAAGAUAAAUAUCAUCCAACAAAUUUACUCGCAGUCAUCGAAAGGAGGAAUGAAAAUGCUCGACAGCUGGCAAAGAAUUUUUUACUGGAUCUGCAGAGUGGGACAUUGGAACUAAAUCCUGGUUUAAAUGCCUCCUCAUCCAGCAAAUCAGGACCAGCAAGUGAACCAAAUUCAGAGGAGGAAACAGAGACUGGAGGUAAAAGAAGAAGACAUGGUAGGGGAUCUGAUAAAGAAAAUGAUUUCUCAGCUGCUCCAAAGGCUCACCCUGUCAGUUCUGAUCUUAGACGGAUACAAACUGAUAUUCAACAAGCACAGGCACUUGUUCGUAAGCUUGACACAGAAAAAGGAAUUGAAGACAAUAUUUUAUGCAGCAGUAAUCACAAUAAAAAUGAUGACAAAGUUCACAGUGGCUCUGUAGGACCCAUAAUAAUUAUUCGGGGCCUGACAUCUGUUAAAGGUUUAGAGGGUGUUGAGCUUUUGGACACACUUAUUACAUAUCUAUGGCGGAUUCAUGGUGUAGACUAUUAUGGUAUGACUGAGACUAAUGAGGCCAAGGGUUUUAGGCAUGUGAGGGCAGAAGGAAAUGGGCAUGAAGAAACAGGCAGGUCAGGAUCUGAAUGGGAGAAGAAACUUGAUUCAUUUUGGCAGGGAAGGCUGAAUGGUCAGGAUCCCUUGGAAGUUAUGACUGCUAAGGAGAAGAUAGAUGCUGCUGCAGUUGAGGUGUUGGAUCCCUAUGUGCGGAAAAUUAGGGAUGAAAAGUAUGGAUGGAAAUAUGGUUGUGGAGCUAAGAGCUGCACAAAGCUUUUUCAUGCAGCAGAAUUUGUGCACAAACAUCUGAAGCUAAAACACCCAGAACUUGUUAUGGAACAAACUUCAAAAGUGCGUGAGGAUCUCUAUUUUCAAAAUUACAUGAAUGAUCCAGAUGCUCCUGGUGGAACGCCUAUCAUGCAGCAACCUCAGAAGGACAGACCUUUAAAGCGAAGAUUGGGAUUGGAAGGCCGGUUGAGAGACGAUCGUGGUAAUCGUCGAGAUCAUGAUCGGAGUGACAGGAUAAAUGAUGGAGAUAGGCCUGAGAGUUCCCCCAGCCGGGAGAGGCAAUCUAAAGCACUCGAGAUGGGGAAUCAUGAUGAAGCCAUGUAUGAUACAUUUGCUGGUCCUGGCGUACCUCCAUUUGCUUCUGAUAUGCCACCGCCUCCACCAGUGUUGAUGCCUGUUCCUGGUGCUGGGCCUUUGGGACCCUUUGUUCCUGCUCCACCAGAAGUUGCAAUGCAGAUGUUAAGAGAACAAGGAGGACCAUCAUACGAUGCCCCGGGUAGGAAGAUGCGCGCCGGCCAUCCUAUGGGUGGACCAGCACCAAUAAUUGCUGUUCCUCCAGCUUUCAGACAAGAUCCUCGGCGGAUGCGCAGCUAUCAAGAUCUUGAUGCGCCGGAGGACGAGGUCACUGUGAUAGACUAUCGGAGUUUAUGAGUGUCAUCUGUUCCCUCUGAGAUGGAGUUGGCAGGCAGACUAAACUGUUGAAAGAUCUGAUCGUGUACUUUGCUUUUUCGGCUAGAGUAACUGUUUGUCAUUAAUAAUUGGAUCAGGCUACUCUCUUCUGUGAAUUUAUCUGCUGAAAGAAUUUAAUCUCUUGUUUUGCGGAAAUUUGUGCCCUGCUGCUGAAGUGACUUAAAUUAUUUUAUCUGCGCUUUUGAUGAGGAUUAAGGAUUUAUAAUAUUGUUCUAGAGUUUAGAUGUUUA